GCUAGACCUGAUAAAAGGAUGUAGGGUUGUGAUCUUUCACCACUGGUGUCCAUCUUUCGCUCUGAAUCCUGGUGUUCCUUCCCAUAAGGCGGCUGAAUGAAAAGAUGUACAAGACAACUGUUUUGCUGGCAUUGCUGAGUUUGACCUUGACCUUAAAACUAGGCAGCACUCAUCAGCAAUGGGGUGUAUUCCGAAGCGUUUUUAAAAGAGUAACAUAUGGUGUGCCGUUGCAAAAAGACCUUGGAAAACCGUUGUUUCUAACGCCGUACAUUGAAAGUGGCAAAACCGAGGAAGGGAGGCAGUUAAGUCUGGUGGGCCCUCUCCCAGGAGCUAAUGUGAAGAGCUAUUCAGGCUAUCUGACAGUCAACAAGACUCACAACAGCAACCUUUUCUUCUGGUUCUUCCCUGCUCAGGUAAAGCCGGAGAAUGCCCCUGUCCUACUUUGGCUCCAAGGUGGACCUGGUGGAACAUCCAUGUUUGGCCUUUUUGUUGAACAUGGACCAUAUGUGGUCCACAAGAAUCUCACAUUGUCUGAACGAAAGUUUCCUUGGACAUCUAAGUUUUCCAUGCUCUACAUUGACAACCCAGUUGGGACUGGCUUCAGUUUCACAGCUGAUGAGAAAGGAUAUGCAGAGAACCAAGACGAUGUAGGAAGAGAUUUAUAUAGUGCCCUCAUCCAGUUUUUCCAGCUCUUUCCUGAUUAUCAGAAAAAUGAUUUCUACGUAACAGGAGAAUCUUAUGCAGGAAAGUAUGUACCUGCUAUUGGGUACUAUAUUCACACCCAUAAUCCUACAUCGAAGAUAAAGAUCAACUUCAAGGGUGUUGCCAUUGGAAAUGGUCUCUGUGACCCUGAAAUGAUGUUGGGUGGCUAUGCAGAAUUCCUAUAUCAAAUUGGCUUGGUGGAUGAGAAGCAGAGAGAUUAUGUCCAGAAUCAGUCUGAUCUGGGAGUGAUCUACAUCCGGGAGAAGAAAUGGAGACAAGCCUUUGAAGUGUUCGAUCUUUUGCUGAAUGGUGAUCAAACUGGAAGUCCUUCGUACAUUCAGAAUAUUACAGGAUGUACCAACUAUUACAACUUCUUGCAAUGCAAAGAGCCUGAAGAUCAAGAAUAUUUUGGAGAGCUGUUAGCAGUGCCAGAAGUAAGGAAAUCUAUCCAUGUUGGAAACCUGACCUUCCAUAAUGGCUCUGUAGUUGAGAAACAUUUAAUUGAAGAUGUGAUGAAGACAAUAAAGCCGUGGUUGGGCAUUCUAAUGGAUAACUACAGGGUUCUCUUAUACAAUGGGCAACUAGAUAUCAUUGUGGCAGCCCCACUGACAGAACGAUUUCUGCCUACUGUGCCAUGGGCCAAAGCGAAAGAAUACAAGAAUGCCAAGAGAGCUGUAUGGAAAAUAAAUGCUAAGGAUCCUGAAGUAGCUGGCUAUGUUCGCCAAGCCGGUGAAUUCUAUCAGGUCAUUGUUCGAGGUGGAGGACACAUCUUGCCUUAUGACCAGCCUGAAAGAUCUUUGGACAUGUUAGACAGGUUUAUCUCAGGAAAAGGAUGGAAAACUAAUGAAUACUGAAAAUGCAAGUUGAACACUGCACCUCUUAAGAAAUCUCCACAAGAGAUUUCACUGCUCAAUAGAGAAACUUUCACCAGGAUCAUAGGCACUGAAUAUUAAAAGUAUUACAAAUGGGUUUCUUUUCUUACUGCUAAUCUGUGUUGGUAAACUUGAAGUGUGUGGGGGGAAAUCAAACCAUGUUCAACUUCGAAAUAAUAAAGUGAAGAGAUUAUUUCAGA